AUGCAACAAUUACUUGGGUGGGCUGUGCUCACCCUUUCCACGGUUGCGGUACUUUCGACAGUCGAUGAAUUCCCAGAAGAUCACACAGACAUCAUAUUUGUCAACAAAGUGAAAUGGGAAUCACGUCUUCGAUCUUAUGAUCGUCCAUUGCAUGCCAUCACGGAAAACGAAACCAAUAUUGUACCUCUAACCGUAAGAACUACUCGACGAAAACGCUGUUCCUGUGGCUGUACAGGAUGUGACGUUUUUCCUGGACGAGCCUGUUGCAGUAGCGAAUGCUGCGGUAGUGCUCCAAUACCACUAGCAUGCUGUCCCCCUCCUCCACCACCAAAACCUUGCUGUCAACCUGCUUACGGACCUUGCUGUCCUGCGGUACCCAACUGCUGUCCCAAGCCAUGCUGCAGAGGGCAACGUCCAGAAUAUGAAGAGGAGGAACCUCACGGAGGCGGAGCUCAGCCAUUACCACCCCCACCAUCUAAGACUUGUUGUCCACCACCAGUUCCACCGCCGCCGCCACCGCCACCUCCUCCUCCACCGCCAGCACCAGAGCCGCCAGUGCAAUGCUGCGCUGGUGCAAAUCAGCCAAGAAGCCCUUGUGACCGAGGAUGCCCUGGAGGAGAUUGUGGAUGCAGAAGACCUUGUUGUUAUUAUCAGAAUCCUUCCUGCUGCAAUCAAGGAAAGCCAUGCUGCCCUCCUCAGCCCCCUCCUUUACCCUGCUGUCCUCCAUUGCCUGUGACCAACUGUAUCGCUCAGGUGCCACCCUGUCUGAGAGCUUGUCCCACAUGUCCAUGCAGAAAGAGAAUAAUGUUGGGUAAGCGCGCAAAGCGUGAUGAUGGAUUACACUGUCAACCAGAAGUCACAAAAUCGAAAUCCGCACGAGCUGCUGCCGCUCCUACGAAGAAGACCGUCACCGCCUAUAAGCCAAUGAAGUCGAUAGAGCUGUAUGAGGAUGUGGUACAAGCACCUCCUCGUGCUGGAAGAUUAUAUGAGCAAGAUCGAGCUAGACGCGUCAAACGUUCAGGGUGUUCCAUAUGCAUCAAUGGUCGUCCAAUAAUCAAAAGAACAAAGCGCUCGCUCGACUGUGUCCGUUGCACAUAUCUCCAACCUACCGAAAGCGUCGUCAAUCCGUUCGUACCACAACCUCUUCCCACAUCGCCAGUGGGGGUUCUACCGUUCCACCUAAGAGUCAAAAGAGCCGGGUGCUUACCACAUCCGCAAUGCACACUGGCUCCUCGAAGAAUAAGAAGAAAUUUGGAGUCACAAUAUUGUGAACCCUGCACUGGAGGAUAUUAUGGAAGAAAGAAAAGAGAAGCUGAAAUAGAGAAAUGCCACCGACGCCGUGACAAACGAGCAACAAGUCCCGACUGCGAAGUGGACGAGUUCCUCGUGACUCGAAUGAAGCGACAGGCAUACAAUCCUAAAGGCAUUCUUGACAUCGUUAAGGUUCUUAGCAAAACGAUGGCAGGAGAAGCACCCGGUCCCGGAGGUUGCCUAAAAUUCCCAGCCUGUGUACUUGCACAGGCUAGGAGAAGAAAACGACAUGCCGAGCGCAUGGAACAGUACCAUAAGGAAGUGGCUUCGCUAAAGCAGGCUCACGAAGAACAGCUGGAGCAGCAUAUUCGCCAAAAGCGGCAAUUCUUCUCUCCUGACGCCAACUCAAAUUGCAUGCCGUGCCCCGCUUGGGUUACCGUUGCGUUAGCCAGCAGAAAGAAAAGAUCUACCAACUCGUCCGAGACGGAAGAGCACGACGAACCUCGGAUGACUCUUUCUGAAGCAAUAGCUGAUAUUCGAAGCAAAGGAGGAUACAGACUAGGGUUCGAAGACAAUGACGAGACUCCUCGUCGCAAGCAAGGUUCAUGCGAUCAGACUGAAGAUUGUUUGAACGAUGUUGAGUAUGCGAUCUUCAAAAAAGUUUAUCAUAACACACGAGUUAAGAGAGAGACAUUCAAAAAGAGAAAAUGCGAACAUUGCGGUAAUGGUUAUAAUGGUGAGAGAGUCAAAAGAAGUUUUGGAUCACCGAGAGUGAAGAGAAACUACGGUUCGCCUACAAUCAACGCUUCCGAGCAAUCAUGUCUCGCUUUUCCACAGUGUCGACAUCGAGUAAAGCGCCAUCUAUGGGAAGACUGCAAUGUUUGCACGUCAAAUAUCAGCCGGAAACGUAAGAAGCGACAUUCUGACAACAAACCUGUAGCAAUGCUAUCCAUGUCCGCAAACGAAGGCAUAGAAGCUCCAGCUGUGAUAAAUUAUUUCUGUACAUAA